UCUUCUUUAUUCCGAACAAGUUCUUUUUGUCGUUCUUAAAGUUAAUUUUGUUAACAAGCGCCGAUGCGCAAUCUUUAACAACAAAUUAUAUUUGUUUUCACGUGUUUUGCAUAAUUAUUUUGCCGUUGCGGUGAUUAUAUGACGGCGAACAGACCACUCUUCGGCUACCGUUAACUUCUCGGUCGCCAAAAGUGAGUCGGAGAUCUUGUGAGGACGGUCCGCUGCUGGAGGAGCAGGAGACAGAGGGCCAACGUCAGCUUCACGGCCUCCUCCUGCGGCAACUUCACACCCAAGUCGACGUCGAAAGUAUGUAUGUUGUGGUUCAGAUGUGUGGCCAAGAAGCGGAGCUUUGCCCCAGCGGCGCUCUACUAUCCGUUUGGCGAGCAGGUGUCUGGCGUGCGAAGCCUGUCUCAGUUCCAGACGCUGCAAGAGGAUGAGCAGGAGCUGGCCGGCCUGCGGGAGCUUGGCCUCACCGACCCCGAGAUCCAGCUGUGGCAAAAUAGGGAUGCCCCAGAAGUAUCUGAGCAAUGUCACGGCGUUUGCGCGGCUCCUGACGUCAAGCGGCAGCGCCUCCAGGCCAUCCGGGACAAGAUUGCAGCCCGGGCGGAGCUCCUAGCGCGGCCUCAGCGCUUCGCCGCCAGCCGGCCACUGUCCCGUCGCGAGAUGGAGAUCGAGCAGGCGCUCUUCCAGGGUAGCGACCGGCAAGGUUUCCUCGCUGCACUCUACCAUCGAGAUGAAAAUAACCAAGAUAGCCUACAAGGGGCGACACCUACAGAUCCAAUGGACUCCCUGUACAGAGAUCUUCUCAGCAAGUCGCCCCAGGGCGUCGAAGCUGCCCAAACGUUAGGCCUUUCUGCAUCCGCGCCGUCACAUGACUCGCGGCAAGGAGGCGACAGCCAAUCAGAGGAAGGCUCACCAGAACCGCCCGAGGACCAUCCUGCUCCCCCGCUGGAGAUCAGCCGUCCAAUCGGUAGCUUGCGCGGGGCGGAGGGGGCCGACUCGGGUCGGCCGCUCACUGUCACGGGGCGAGUGGCGACCGUGACGGACCAGGAAAUCCGGGAGAACCGGGAAAGUGAGGAAGGGAUCCGGAGCAUUCCGAGAUUCCGGAACUACCAGCCUGGAAAACCUUCGCGGGUGGUGUGCGUGAAGAACCUGAGCCCGCAUGCAUCAGUGGCCCAGCUGGUGGCGCUGUUCUCCAGGUUCGAGGGGGCCAGCGACAGAUCCCCGCUGCUGUAUCGCCUCCUGACAGGACGCAUGAAGGGUCAGGCUUUUGUCACGCUGCCCGACACCGAAACGGCCCAGGAUGCUUUGCAACUGCUCCAUGGUUACCGGUUGCUCGGGAAACCUUUGGUGUUGGAGUUUGGCCGCGAGCGAACGGAAGCCGACCAACGGGAAACGAGGACGUGAAAACUCCCGGCGCCACUUCGAACCAGCGUCUGCCCCCUGCUGUUCACGCCCAUUUGCAGGGUGCCGGUGUUCCGCGCCACCGCCAACGGAAUAUCACCGCUGCCGUCGCCCUU